UAAAAAAAAAAGAGUUUAAAGAAGUGAAGAUAAAAUAGACAGAAGAAAAAAAGAGAGAAUUUUUGAGUGUAUAAUCAGUGAAGUGAUCCAAAACUACAGGAGUAGUUGGAGUGUCUGCCCAUGACUUCACAGCCUGUAAGAAGGCUCAAACAUCAGUGAGAAGCCGACAGUUAGAGAUAAUUGCAAGCAUCCCCAUGUGGGAUUCUUCCUUUUUAACUCAUCACUCCUGCUUGCCUGCUUUCUCAGCUAUGCUUCUUCUGCUCCCCUUUAUCUCAACUUGUGUUCUUUCUCUCUGAAUGAGCGAGAGCCCGCUUUCUUGGGGAGAUUUCAGCUCUACUUUUUCGUGUUUCUCACCAUGUGGGAGUCGGAGAGUGAGUCUGUCAGUGGCCGAGACUAUGGCAAUGGAGUCCUCACUGCAACCAAGCCCGGUGUCAAGACUGAUGGCUUUGAGCAAAGAGGUCAAUCUUGGUAUGUUGCAACUGAUAUCCCAAGUGACUUGUUGGUCCAAAUUGGAGAUGCCAAUUUCCAUUUACACAAGUAUCCACUGCUUUCCCGGAGUGGAAAAUUGAACAGAAUUAUAUACGAAUCGAGGGAUGCAGAUUUGAGCAAGAUAGUCCUGGAUGAUCUUCCUGGGGGACCUGAGGCCUUUGAGCUAGCUGCAAAGUUCUGCUAUGGAAUUGCUGUUGAUCUAACGGCGACUAAUAUAUCCGGCUUGAGAUGCACAGCGGAGUAUCUUGAAAUGACAGAGGAUUUGGAAGAAGGCAACCUGAUAUUCAAGACUGAAGCUUUUCUCAGCUAUGUAGUCCUGUCAUCAUGGAGAGAUUCCAUAGUGGUACUAAAAAGCUGCGAAAAGCUAUCCCCGUGGGCGGAGAAUCUCCAGAUUGUGAGGAGAUGCAGUGAGUCCAUUGCGUGGAAAGCCAGUGCGAAUCCGAAAGGGAUAAGGUGGCAGUACACGGGGAAACAUGCAGUGGUUUCGAGCCCGAAAUGGAAUGAAGUGAAGGACGCUAGCCCGAGUAGGAUCCAGCAAGUGCCUCCAGAUUGGUGGUUUGAGGAUGUCUCAAUUCUGAGGAUUGAUCACUUUGUGAGAGUCAUCACUGCCAUCAAGGUAAAGGGCAUGAGGCACGAGCUGAUCGGGGCAUCCAUAAUGCACUAUGCAGCUAAAUGGCUCCCCGGUUUGAUCAAAGAGGGGCCUGCAGGAGGAUCUGUUGACGAAGGCAGCAAUAGCAAUAGCAGCACGAGUAAUGGGAGUGGAAGCGGGUGGAAAGGCGGGGGGCUAUACAUGGUUGUGGCGGGAACUAGAGAGGACACGCCCACCGUUCAUGCUAAAGAUCAAAGGAUGAUCAUCGAGAGCCUAAUCAGCAUAAUCCCGCCACAGAAAGACAGCGUUUCCUGCAGCUUCCUUCUCCGCCUGCUGAGAAUGGCAAGCAUGCUCAAAGUGGCCCCCGCUUUGGUUACAGAAUUGGAGAAGCGGGUCGGGAUGCAAUUCGAGCAGGCCACAUUGGCAGACCUUCUCAUCCCUUCCUACAACAAGACUGAGACUUUGUAUGAUGUUGACCUUGUUCAGAGGCUUUUGGAGCAUUUUCUUGUUCAGGAACAGACCGAGAGCUCUAGUCCUAGCAGAAACUCGUUUUCUGAUAAACAUCUGCACGAUGGAAGCCAACGGGGAUCGAAUUUGAACGCCAAGAUGAGAGUUGCAAGGCUUGUAGACAGUUAUCUAACUGAAGUGUCAAGAGACAGAAACCUUUCCUUGACUAAAUUUCAAGUCCUGGCUGAGGCUUUACCCGAAUCAGCAAGAACCUGUGAUGAUGGCCUGUAUAGAGCCAUAGACUCCUAUCUUAAGGCUCAUCCAACGCUCUCAGAACACGAGAGGAAGAGGCUAUGUCGAGUCAUGGAUUGCCAGAAGCUCUCGAUUGAUGCGUGCAUGCACGCAGCUCAGAACGAGAGGCUUCCACUCAGAAUUGUGGUGCAGGUCCUCUUCUCCGAGCAGGUGAAGAUAAGUAACGCGAUAGCCAACAGCUCCCUCAAGGAUGCCGGGGACUCUCACUAUCAGCCUCUCGUGUCAAACCGGAAAACCUUGCUAGAAGCAACGCCACAGUCUUUUCAGGAAGGGUGGACUGCAGCCAAGAAGGACAUCAACACGCUCAAGUUUGAGCUAGAGAACGUCAAGGCCAAGUACGUUGAGCUCCAGAACGAGAUGGAUAUCUUGCAGAGGCAAUUCGAUAAGCUCACAAAACCAAAACAGGCCUCGGCCUGGACUGCAGGGUGGAAAAAACUGAGCAAGCUCACCAAGAUGACACAUCUCGAGAACCAUGAUUUGGGGCCUCAAGUUCCAAACUCAGAACAGACUCGAAAGACGCCUAGAAGGUGGAGAAAUUCCAUUUCCUAAGUCCCGCCUUCCCAGUUUGGCCUAAGUUCCCUCCCUAGUGUUCUAUUUUCUGUCCUUAUUCUCCUUUAUCGCACAAGUGCAUCAGAAGAUUUCAUUUUUUUUUCCCGCUAUAGAAAACACCUGAGACCAUAGCAUCAGUUUUAUCAUCAAUUUCAUGUUCUUUAUAGAGUUGAUUGAUCUCCCUGUAAUCACUACCUUCAUAAAUUCAUAUUUUUAGCUGCAUCAAGUGAAACUCAUAUUGUUAUCACCA